UUUUCACUCUCCUGUUAUCCCCUUCCCCUUAAACCGCACUCUGCUUCAGGAGAACAUCGUGACUGAGCAUGGGAAAGCGGUCGCGUUCACUUCAAUUUGUUUUCUUCUUUUGAGCGAUACCCAUUUACGGUUUUGCAGCCGCUUUGCCAUCAUCAAUCCACGAAACCCCGGUCGCCAGCCCCAGUCUCCGCUCUUCCAUCCCGUCCUCCGUAGUCAUUUCGCUACAAUACCUGUUCUCGCCUGCUCAGCUGUUUUGCCCGUCGCCGAGCACUCAACCACUCUAAACCCCGACGAUCGAUUUUGCGCUCAAACCUAAACUUCAUCACCGCCAACGGCAACCUGCGCGUAUUUUGCCAAUCGCGGUUUGCGCAUUCACAACAGAGAUGGAGUCAGGUCGGCCAAGCGACGUGUCGCCAGAGGCGAUGCAGGCCCGUAUUCAGCAGGCACGUCGCGAGGCUGAGACGCUUAAGGAUAGGAUCAAGCGGAAGAAGGAAGAGCUUGCCGAUACGACGCUACGCGCUGUUGCCUCGCAAGCUCACGAGCCGAUCCCCAAGACCCAGAUGAUGAGGACGAAGAGGACAUUGAAGGGACAUCUCGCCAAGAUCUAUGCUAUGCACUGGUCGACCGACCGCAGGCAUCUCGUAUCUGCAUCACAAGACGGCAAGCUGAUCAUUUGGGAUGCAUACACAACAAACAAGGUCCACGCCAUUCCACUCCGGUCAUCGUGGGUGAUGACGUGCGCCUACGCACCGAGCGGGAACUAUGUGGCCUGCGGCGGCCUUGACAACAUCUGCUCCAUUUAUAAUCUCAACCAGAACCGCGAUGGGCCCACACGGGUAGCCAGGGAACUCUCGGGCCACGCGGGCUACCUAUCGUGCUGCCGCUUCAUCAACGACCGCAGCAUUCUUACCUCAUCCGGUGAUAUGACGUGCAUGAAGUGGGACAUUGAGACCGGCAGUAAGGUCGUCGAAUUCGCAGACCACCUCGGCGAUGUCAUGAGCAUCAGCCUCAACCCGACCAACCAGAACACAUUCAUUUCCGGCGCCUGCGACGCUUUCGCGAAAUUGUGGGAUAUCCGUGCCGGGAAGGCCGUCCAGACAUUCGCCGGCCACGAAUCCGAUAUCAAUGCCAUUCAAUUCUUCCCCGAUGGCCACUCGUUCGUAACAGGGUCUGAUGACGCUACGUGCCGCCUUUUCGAUAUCCGCGCGGAUAGGGAGUUGAACUUCUACGGCUCCGAAUCUAUCCUCUGCGGCAUCACCUCGGUUGCUACCUCCGUAUCCGGGCGGUUGCUGUUCGCAGGUUAUGACGACUUUGAAUGCAAGGUCUGGGAUGUCACUCGGGGCGAGAAGGUGGGCUCCCUGGUGGGCCACGAGAACCGGGUGAGCUGUUUAGGCGUGUCGAACGAUGGCAUAAGCUUGUGCACGGGUUCUUGGGACGCAUUCGUAAGUCCCAUUGUCUGUCAUGACAAUUCCUGGGGUCUUCAGUUGCUGACAGCCGCAUAGCUCAAGGUCUGGGCCUAUUGAUCGCCCUUACGAUGCCGAUAUGCUCUGCCUUACCGGAUAGCCGAUCCCAUCACGCCACCUCAGAAGACUAUCAAGUGCCCCCGCUUUUUUUCUUUGUGGUUUCUAAU